AUAUUAAAAAUACACGUGAUACUAAAUAAGUGAUUUAAUUUGUAGUCCUUUUUACACGGGCUUCUACGACUGAGCCGGGCCGUUGCUAGGCGCGUUGUGUUGUGUUUCUCUGGACAGCGCCGAACGUCAAAGUUUCUCAAGUUUGUCUACAUCUAAUAUGUAAUCGUAACUAUUUCCAGAAAGCAUUUUUUUAACAUGACAGAUGUUUGUACUAGCUUUAUAGCCUCGGGAGUAUGAAACGAUGUAUAGACGUUGUUUGUUUUCCUGUAGUCGUAAGGCUGAAAAGAUUAAAGUUCAUCUCAUAAAAACCUUGCACUAACUUAGCCACAUCGCUAGCCUGGUUUGUCCAUUUUUUUGCUUAUUCCGUCACGUUCCGCAGUUGUCCUGAUGACAACGAUGAAAAACGAGUCAUGAAAAGAAAACUGCGUCAGUAAUACACUGCGUAAUGUAUUUAAGUGGGUAACAGGUUUGAUUUUACUAACGUUAGCUCACCUCAAACGUAUUUGUCUACGCUUAAUCGUUGAUGAUGGAUCAGUAUCAUAUAUUGGAGGUUAUCGGGGAAGGAUCCUUCGGGCGGGUGUUUAAAGGCCGGAGGAAGUUUAGCGGCCAGGUCGUGGCGUUGAAAUUCAUUCCCAAAGUUGGCCGCUCAGAGAAGGAUCUGCGCAGUUUGAAAAGAGAGAUUGACAUCAUGAGGGGGCUCAAACAUCCCAACGUAGUGCUGCUGUUAGACAGCUUUGAGACUGAGAGGGAGGUUGUGGUGGUAACAGAGUAUGCAGAGGGGGAGCUGUUUCAGAUCCUGGAGGAUGAUGGGGGUUUACCCGAGGGUCAGGUGCGUGAAAUAGCCUGCCAGCUUGUCUCUGCCCUGUAUUAUCUACACUCGCAUCGCAUUCUGCACCGUGACAUGAAACCACAAAACAUCCUGCUGGGAAAAGGAGUGGUAAAGCUCUGUGACUUUGGAUUUGCUCGUGCCAUGAGUGUGUCCACCUUGGUGUUGACCUCCAUUAAGGGGACUCCUCUAUACAUGUCUCCAGAAUUGGUGGAAGAGAAACCCUAUGACCACUCCACUGACCUUUGGUCUCUAGGUUGCAUCCUCUAUGAGCUCCACACGGGGGCGCCACCGUUCUAUACCAACUCCAUCUUUCAGCUGGUGCAGCUUAUCGUGAAAGAUCCAGUAAAAUGGCCAGAGAGCAUGGGCCAAGACUGCAUGAGUUUUUUAAAGGGGUUAUUGAUGAAAGAUCCUCAGAAGAGGCUCUCUUGGCCAGACUUGCUUCAUCACCCUUUUGUUGCAGAUGGAGUUUUAAUUGUUUCAGAUGAGGGUUCGAGUUACCCCCUCACAGUGACACCCAGCCCAGAUGUGCAGGCUUUGAAACAGCAGCAGGCUGCAGAGAAGUCAACAGCACGUAGUGGAGAGGGCAAACUACUGCGGAAAGCCAGAGAGCUCAGAGAGAAAGAAAGAAAUAACAGACUGGAGAUAGCUGGGAAAGCUGCCCGCACCAGUCAGGCUCGCUCUAAGACAGCUUCUGCUGGAGGAGCCCCCACCACUGCCCACUCAUUGGGCAGCACCUUUUCAGUGCAUCAAAAUUCAUCUCAGCCAGCAACCAAUCAGCAUCAAGCAAAUGACAACAGUGUUACCAGAGUGUACUCAGCUCCACAUAAAGGCCAGAUCAGUAAAGAUUAUGAAAGGGAGUUCCCUUCAGUAGAAGUGGGACCCAGGCAGGUUAUGAAGCGCUCUGGACAUGCACGGACCAGUCUGGCUUCGGUCAGGAUGGACAGUGAGGAACAGGAGGUUGACAGUGAUUAUGAGUGGGAGCAAUUGGCUGAAUUUUCUGAUCAGGUGUCUCUUAACACUGCCAUCUUUCGGAGGUUGAAGAACAAACUUCUUUUGGCCAAGAACAAGCUUUUGGUUGAAAAAGGUGAAGGGGUUUCUUCAAUUACACGGCUGCUAAAAGUCCUCAGAAACAUCAUUCAAAGCUGUCAGCCUGGAGAUGCUGAAACAGUGGGCAAUGAGUUGGAGCUUCCUCAUCUACUGUUCGACCUAAUUGAGGACACCCUGAACGUUCCAGAUCCAAUUCAGAAGUCGCAGGGUGAAAUGCUUCUAGGAGAUCUGAUGAGUGUGCUCAUAAUGUACCUGGAAAAGAGCCCCGAGUGGGAGAUAAAGGAGAGGAGAGCUGAGGAUCUCUGUCAGAUAUUUAUAUCAGUAUUUCUCAAUCAAGACCCAAAACGUUCAGCGCUUUUGGCAACGGCAGUCUUAACCUUGUUCACUCACCGUGGUAUAUCUGUGAAUGUCAGCAUGGAAAGGCUUGCAGCCUUUUUAGAGAAUAUUUUGACAGACAGAGCGCAGGUUCACAACCCUUUACCUGAGGGUUGGGGCAUAUGCGACGGCCUUCUGUCACUCAUUCUUUACAGACUAUCUGAGUGUGAAAACAGCUCAUUGUGCGACUUUCAGCGCUCUGAGCUUUGGUCUUGCCUGUGGACUAAAGUGAACAUCUCACUUGAGAACACAACUUUCCAGGGAUGCCAUUUCUCUGCUAAUGGUCUGUACGUGUUCCUCUCUCUUGCUUUGUUGGUUUUCUCCAGUGAUCCAUAUAACUGUGUUGAUCUUCUUUUGAACCUCACUACAAAGUGCAACUCUGUCCUCAGUCACCUUCUCACUACCAAUUGCACUGCAUUGCUCAAUAAUGGCUGUUUCUGGGGUGACUCAGAAAUGCACAGUCUAUCAAUGAUGAGCUGUCAUCUCCUGUGCAUCCCUUUCUCUCUGAGGUUGCCGCUUGAAAAAAAAUCGUCUCUUGUUCAGUCGUACUGUAAUUCAAACAUUAUGCCUGGGUUAAUGAAGAUGAUUCAAAAUCUUCCUGUAGCCCUAGUGGAGCUUCCUCUGUGUCUUUUGAACCGUCUGCUACUAUCUGACCCACAGCACACUGCUCCACGUCUUAUCAGUGCAGCCCAGAGCUGUGCUUUCCUCCCUUAUAACACAGAAAGCUCAGACAAUGGAACAGAACAAACUCUUAACCACUCUGGGAAUGGUGUGGAGCAAAUCAAGAGCAACGGUAAUGCGAAGAAAACCAAGAUUGAUCAGAUCAAAGGUGAUCAGUUUAGAAAGAGGAUAGACCAGCUUAAAGCUACGUCUAAAACAAAAAAGGAUUUGGUAAAGACUCAAAGCCAGCUGUCCAAAAGCAAGACUGAGAAGUUAAGAGAGAUAAUAUCGCAACCAAAAACCAAGAGCUAUCAGAAUCCAAGCAUUGAGCAUCUUAGAGAGCAAAGUGGUUGCAUAGAGGAGCUUCUGGACAGUUUGGAGCUCCAUGACAGUCAUCUCUUAAUUCAACAAGGGGGCAACCUUAGCUGGCUUAUAGACAGUCUGGAAGAGUGCAAUAGAUAUAGCAAGACAAACGGGGGUCACCCCAAAGUUUCGACGGUACAAAUUUCAUCCCCAGAGGCAGAAGUUAGAACAGCAAGUUCUCUGUUGGCUGUACUGCUACAAGGCCAAUUACUCUGCGGUUGUGCGGUGGAACUUCUUAUCCUUCUCUCCCAGCUAGCACCUUAUCUCACCCAUCACUCUCGAUUUUUUCUUCCCGUGGAAGCCACCCAACUACGCCUUGCGUUGCAUCACAAAGAUGAUGGGAUCAGAGGUGCUUGCUGUAGCCUGUUGGGCCACCUGCAAGUCUCAGGUGUUAAGAAUGGCAUCACGGAUUUAGAGUUUGACUCAAGCUGGAGCCUUGAUCCACAACUGCUUCAGGACCUGUUAAGCUGCCUGCGUGAUCCAGCCCCGUCUGUUCGUAGGAGUGCCUGCAAAGCUGUGGGAAACUGCUUGAGUGUAAUUGGAAAAACUGAUUUAAAUACUUCCAUAAACGGCCUGCAGAAGAUCAAGAACACAACUGAGAGUAAAAAAGGAAAAUUGCGGAGAAUACCGGUAUUAGACGGUGUCAGGCGAGGGUUGCAAAAGGAUUCUUCUGCUUUAAAGGGAAAAGGUUGUUACAGUGUGGGAGACGUAUGGAAAGAAGUUGCCAUAGGAGCAGCGCUUCCUCUCGUGUCUCUGCUGUCAGAUGCUGAUAAUGUCAUUCGACAGCACUGCUGUGGGGCUUUGGGUAGCCUGGCUGUUAUCAGUGGAGUGGAUGGAGCACUCCUUAGUGCAGAUGUGCCAUGCUUGCUACUCCAAACUGCCUGUGAUGAUUCCCAUCAUGCAGUGCGACGGGCAGCUGUGUCCACCCUGCGUGUGUUCAGCCAGCAAAAUACACUGCUACAGGCUCUGAGGUCUCUAGAUGCGGGGAGAAAACUUUGUCACACAUUCCAAAGCUCUUCCUUUCAGAGGGAUUUUCAAUGGCUUGUCAGCAAGUUGGAUGAGCCAGUUGAAGGAAAAACGUGAACAUCAACCUUUACAGUUUGUGUGUAGAGAAAACAAAUUUCACAUUACUAGAAAAUAAUUUCUAGUGAAUGUGUAUAAUAGUUGGAUACUUUCAAAUCCAAUUAGUAGGUUGAUGCAUGUCUCUGCUGAGGCAGGGAAGCAUUUUAUGUUUAUAUUUAUUUGAUCUAUGAUCAAAAUAAUUUAACUGAAAUAAAAUUUGUAUUUUUAUAAAGUGACAGUAACGCAAAAACAUCUCAUAAUAUAUCAUCAUUCUCUAGAAUGCAUUGUAUCUAUUUGUAGAUGUUUAAAUUUAAUUUUUUGUUAAUAAAUAUUUGACUGAUUUAUUCGGACACCGUUAUAUUCAAGUCACUUUUUCCUGUGGAUUUUUCGUUAAUUUCUAUUUAAAUAAAAAACCUGCGUUUGUAUGUUUAUAA